UCCCCGCGCCCCUAGCCUUCGCGCCGAGACCCCGGCGUGUCCGCGGGCCAGCCAGCCUCGGCCACCGUCCCCGGGCAGGCUCCGCAGAUCCCUCCAGGCUCCUGCCUCCGCCCCGAUGAAGAAAACCAACUUGUGGUUCUUGGAGCGGCUUCGUGGGUCAGGGGAGAAUGGAGCUACGGGGGGCGAGGGUGGGGACAGGGCCGCCAAGGGGCCCCUAUACAGCAACGUGCUCACGCCCGACAAGAUCCCGGACUUCUUCAUCCCCCCCAAGCUGCCCGCCGGCCCCACGGAGCCGGAGGCUCAGGCUGAGCUGGGGCCCUCGACCUCGGAGCAGAACCUGGCCUCUGCCGCGCCCCGCCGCUCCCCCCGGAGCCCCCGGCUGCCCGCCAAGCUGGCCGCCGAGAGCAAGAGCCUGCUGAAGGCGGCCACCAGGCAUGUGAUCCAGAUCGAGAGCGCGGAGGACUGGACCGCCGAGGAGGCCGCCACCAAUGCCGACCCCCAGGCCCAGGGGGCCAUGUCGCUGCCUUCGGUGCCCAAGGCCCAGACGUCCUAUGGCUUCGCCACACUGGCCGAGAGCCCCCACACACGGCGCAAGGAGUCUCUGUUCCAUAGCGAGCACGGGGCUCUGGCCCAGGUGGGCUCCCCGGGCACCCGGCGCCGUCGGGGGGGCGUCAAGACCAACGGGGGCGAUGGGGCGCCCAGGGAGGCCGGCGGUGCCCUCAUGAGCCCCGGCCGCUGCGUCAGUGGCGGGGAGAGCGACACGGGGUCCUCGGCCGAGUCCUCGCCGUUCGGGUCCCCCCUGCUCUCGCGCUCCGUGUCGCUGCUCAAAGGCUUCGCCCAGGACAGCCAGGCCAAGGUGAGCCAGCUGAAGCACUCGGUGGGCCGCCACGGCUCCCUGUCGGCCGACGACAGCACGCCGGACACCAGCCCUGGGGCCCGGCGCCGCCUUGCCCGCAGGAGCACCCCGGAGCCCGGCCCCGAGCCCGGCGCGGCGCCCCGCGCGGAGCACGCUGUGCGCAUGGGCCCGCGGGGCAGCGUGCGGCUGCUGGCGGAGUAUGAGGCGGCCCAGGCCCGCCUGCGCGUGCGCCUGCUGGCGGCCGAGGGCCUCUACGACCGGCUGUGCGACGCCCGCAGCAUCAACUGCUGUGUGGGCCUGUGCUUGGUGCCCGGCAAGCUGCAGAAGCAGCGCAGCACCAUCGUCAAGAACAGCCGCCACCCCGUCUUCAACGAGGACUUCUUCUUCGACGGCCUGGGGCCGGCCAGCGUGCGGAAGCUGGCGCUCAGGAUCAAGGUGGUGAACAAGGGCAGCAGCCUCAAGCGGGACACCCUGCUCGGGGAGAAGGAGCUGCCCCUGACCUCUCUGCUUCCCUUCUUGUAAAGGCCUCCAUGCCCCCUCCCGCCGGCAGAGGAGACCCCACCCCCACCCGGAUCCGGCAGGGGAGGUGGUUUCCGCUCAGACUGGGCCCGGCCCUGAUGCUGCAGCCCAUGUUGGGGGUGUCCUGGGUCAUGCUGUUUUCCAGGGGUUAAUUUUUCCAGAGGAGAAGAGAGGGGGCUGCCGGGUAAAAGAAAGGGUCAGCUUGCAGGGCUGAGUUCCCCUGUGCCCCAAGUUCCAUGCCCCUGCCUCACCCCUUCCGGAGUUCUGGAACCUGGGCCAGGAGGCAGCUAAGGCCGAUCACAGACUCAGAGGCCGCUGGUCCAGAGGCCCAGUCAUAUCUUCUCCUCUGCUGCAUGAGUGUCCUCCUGCCCCCGGCCCGCCAGA